CAUCAAACUAACCUUAACCUAGGUCCGCCAAUUGUUCUUGCAGGGGUUCGGCACCUCGGCGGAGAACCUUGGAAAGUAGCACAGUAGCUACCCAGCCACCUCACUACUUUGCUCCGUACAACAACUUCCCAUUCGUAAUCGGACAGUUUUGUUUAACCUUUGGCUUAGAAUUGUUGACCGCACCUACCUGGGUACUUUUUUAUUAUUAUUAUUGCUAGGUACAUACGUUAUAUUGCUCGGUACGGAGCUUUUACACGUAGCCCAGCCCCGUUCAUUCUGAUUUGGUUAGCCGGUUACCACUUUCUACCACUUUCCCAGCCCGCUAUUUUCCACGAUUGUAACAACUUUCGUUCCUAUUUUCCCUAUCGCUUGCUACCUUAGGUACCUAUCUAUCUGUCUAUCUAUCGAGUUAUCUACCUACGUAACCCUUACCAAAAUUCUUUCGAUCGCGGCCGGAUUGCUUGCAGUCGUGAUUUGCAUUAACAUAGCACUGUCCGACUCCACCGCCCUCGUGCGACGCCUUUACUAGGCACAGCUUGCGACUUGCGAUGAUCCUACUUGAAUAAAUGUCGUCGUCGUACGAUUCUACGAGAUCUCGCCGAAGGGGCGUUUGGAGCCACUGGGUUCCCCUCGUCGUUACUAUUACAGUUGCGACGGUUGGUGUCGCCGCUUGGGCUUGGAGUCAACGAAGUCGCGAGAACGAAGAAGAAAGCGAUCCCGAACCUACCGAACAUCUCGAUUAUGAAAAUGCCGAUUAUGGCGAAAACCCACCUUACGGCGCGACCGGUAGAGAUUCGCGGCCGCCGGGAGCUGACGGUAAUCCUUCCUAUCGAACCGAGGAUGUAAGCUAUGGUGUUGGCGAUAUACACCCAGAAGCAACCGGCGUCUCCGCGGGAUGGGGAUCGCAAGUAUCUGGUGCUUUGCGACGUACUCCUAGUCCGCAACAGUUCCUCUCCAACGCGAGUAAGACAGUGGCAGCAGGCAUGGCAGGAGUUGGUGCAGCCGUUGGUAGUGCGCUAGCUGCUAUUCGAGAAGAUGAUAAGAAUGCUUAUGCUGACCAUGAAACAUGGUCGGAAGAAGCCGAAGCUCGAAAAGAAAAGUCCCCGUCCUCUCAACCUAAAGAUUCCAAUAAACGACGAAAGACUGUCGCGAUUGUUGUUUCGGCCGAUACGAACAUGGAUGAAUUCGAUUCGGAAGGGUUUCACGAACAUGCCUCUGUUCUUUCGCAUAUACCUCGAAACACCGAUUUUUCCAAAAUCAAAUUAUUUAUUUUGAUUUAUGCUCCUGGACUUAAAGAUUCUGCUCUUGAAGCAUCGUCUAACAACCUACCUCCAGCUUCUUUGAGCUCAUCUUUUUCAAAUAUCGGGAACGAACAACCCCAGACUCCAGGAGAGGAAUCUAAGAGUCCAUUGCUGAACUCUAACACGGCUAAUACACCUUUCAACGCUGUAUACUCGCAGGCGAUAGGUUUGGUAGAAAAGGAGACUAUGGUUCUUCCAUUCACUUCGCCUAACGGUCAUGUUCAUAUACUCCGUCAUUUGCAACCUGAGAUCAUUUAUCUUCAAGAAUCACUUGCUGGUGAUGAUGGAAAUGUUGUCACUCAACUACAAACAUGGCUUAAGUACGAUGUAAUUCUUGUGGUUGGAGCUGAUGGUGGUCACGGUGGACUUGCCGAUAGCGAAUCAGAAGCUGAGAAGCCAGAGAAGAAAAAGAAAGAAGAUCUUUGGUGGCAACGAGAAGAACGUGUUGGACGCGGAAGAGGUGUUGUGGUAGUUGAUAGUUUAAGGGUUGGCGAUGAUUGGGCUCGUAGGAUUCAAGGUAAGGAGUGAUAUCUUGAAGAAUCCUCCUUGGGAAUGGUGAAAUGAGUAGCACGUAUGAACUGGUGGUCUUUUCACGUUUCUUUUAUUGAAAUAAGUUUGGAUGUUAGGUUAUGUUGUUUGAUAACGGCAGAUAUAUGAUUUACCCUUGGGUUGGAAUGUGGUAAUAAAGAGAUGAGUGUAUAUAACAUGAAAUAUCGAUGGUUUAGUACUUUAUCAUAUCAUCAUAUCAUCGUUGUCUCGAGGGUACCUAUCAAAUCAUUACUAUGCUCUAGAUACCUCCUGCUUUUCUACGGACAGCGUCGUUCUUCUGUACAUUGAUCUCUAAGUACAUAUGUACCUCGACAUUUAUGUAUAGAUAUCGUGGCAUGAAGC